UGGAGCGAGCUGCUAACGACUGUCCGCCGUUAGCGUGAAACAUCACUCACAAACAAGUAACACUGAAAACCUCCACAUCAAGCUCCGGGGUACUCCUCUACGUUUUGGCGUGACAGACAUACAAGCCGUGUCCUGACCGUCUGGAUUUAUCACAGCGAAGGUCUACCACCUUCUACUUCCUGUGACAAAUGUUGAGGCCGGAGAUCAGCCUUUUCAACAACUGUUAGAGGUGACAGGGUGAGGACGGGAAGGAGUGUCUGUUAGCUGUGCCAGGUUUUGUCUCAUGAGAGUGACUGUGCCAUCCAGGCACUGCCAGUGACCAGGGCUGUGGCUGUGGGGGGCCCGGCCCAGGAGGCCUUUUUGUACAUCACUCCAGGCUCCCGCUGACCUGUGCUGCUCACACCAUGGAUCAACAGAGAGAUAAAUAUGGCGAGCGGCCCGCCCGGAGCACUAAAGUUUCGCAGGGAAGCCGCAGCGGACACUCGUCCCGACCAUCUGGCUCCUCCAGCUCAUCUGGGGUCCUCAUGGUGGGGCCAAACUUUCGUGUGGGCAAGAAGAUCGGCUGUGGAAACUUUGGUGAAUUGAAACUGGGUAAAAAUCUCUACACCAACGAGUAUGUAGCUAUUAAACUGGAACCAGUAAAAUCGAGGGCACCACAGUUGCAUUUAGAGUACCGGUUCUACAAAACGCUGGGAACUACAGCUGAAGGAGUGCCCCAGGUGUUUUACUUUGGGCCCUGUGGGAAAUACAACGCCAUGGUUCUGGAGCUGCUGGGCCCGAGUCUAGAGGACCUCUUUGACCUUUGUGACAGGACCUUUUCGCUGAAGACCGUCUUAAUGAUAGCCAUUCAGCUGAUUUCUCGAAUGGAGUACGUGCACUCUAAAAACCUCAUCUAUAGAGAUGUAAAACCUGAAAACUUUCUCAUCGGACGACAAGGGAACAAAAAGGAACACAUCAUCCACAUCAUCGACUUUGGUCUUGCCAAAGAGUACAUCGAUCCCGAGACCAAAAAACACAUUCCAUACAGGGAGCAUAAGAGCUUGACCGGCACUGCCCGAUAUAUGUCCAUCAAUACACAUUUAGGCAAAGAGCAAAGCCGGCGAGACGACCUGGAGGCCUUAGGCCACAUGUUCAUGUAUUUCCUGCGUGGGAGUCUACCAUGGCAAGGACUGAAGGCCGACACGUUGAAAGAACGAUACCAGAAAAUUGGAGACACAAAACGAAACACUCCCAUCGAGGUCCUCUGUGAAAACUUCCCAGAGGAGAUGGCCACCUACCUGCGAUAUGUGAGACGGUUGGACUUCUUUGAAAAGCCUGACUAUGAAUAUCUGCGGACUCUGUUCACUGAACUGUUUGAGCGAAAAGGAUACACCUUUGACUACACUUACGACUGGGUUGGCAGGCAGAUACCCACACCAGUGGGGUCUGUCCAUAUAGACUCUGGAGCCUCUGCUGUGACGAGAGAGAGCCAUCCUCACAGAGACCGGCCAUCACAGCACCCACCAAUCAGAAAUCAGACAGCGGUCUCAGAUCGACGAGGAGCAUGGGAGGUGCAGCCCACACGCCAAGCAAACUCCUCCUAUCUGACCUCCCACCUGGCAGCGGACAGGCACGGGGGCUCAGUGCAGGUGGUCAGCUCGACCAACGGAGAGCUGAACGCAGACGAUCCACUGGCAGCUCAUUCCAACGCUCCCAUUACAGCUCAGGCAGAGGUGGAAGUGGUCGACGAGGCCAAGUGCUGCUGUUUCUUUAAGCGAAAACGGAAGAAGAACACGCCGAGGCACAAAUGAUCAUCCACCACCGGCCUGAAAUGCCCCGAGUGUCCGGCUCAGUUGAUUGCGAUUUCAGAAAUCAAUGAGGUCCCAUUCAGAAUAAAAGAGGGAGACAACUUAAACAUCGUGAUUGAAUUGUUCUCUGGAGGGACCCGUUUCAAAAUGGUUUGUUGAGAUGUACGAGACGCUUGUGUCUUUUGAUGGGAGUCCUUUUUUUUAAAAAAUGUUUUGGUUCUUUUUUUUCAUUCUCCGAGAUGUGUGGGAAUGUUUUGCAGGCCAGUCGUCCAAACGGGGAACCUUUUUGGUGGAAUUUUGCAGAUUUUUUUUUUUUUCUCAUCUCCCAAAGACAUCCAGCAUUUGUAUUUUUCACUCCUCGUUUUUGGCAUUUUUUGUUUCUCUUGUGGUAUGGCAAAGGAAAUGACAGAUCUUCCUGUGAAAUCUUGCCACCUUCAGCCUACUAUGAUUUCUUUGUUUGACUCACAAAAUCAUGUUUUCAUUCCCCCUUUCUGUCAAGUCUCCAGUUCAAAACGGUUCGCCCCUCGUUAGUUCUGCUAACUCAUUUUGACACAAAGCCCUUCUGGUUGCUCCUGAUGUGGGACUGAAUGUAAACCUGAAAACAAAUGUGGAGCCAGGAGCAUAAACCGCCUACCUUCAGGCACACAGAGCAUCAGUCUGCCAUUUGGCCCCUGCACUUUUUUUCCUCCAAAGAGGUCAACCCUGGCACUGGGACCCCUCGGGGCCCUGAGAGAACAGAAGAUACCAGAGACGCCUCCUGCACUGUGUUCUCUGAGGACGAUUUCUGCUCACGCUGCUUGGUUAAAGCACUCCCCUUAACCACGCCGCUGUCGAAAAACACACUACAGUCUCUUUUUGACUCACAUGCAGUUUUGCUCCUGUCGGCUUUGUGAUAAUGAGCAGCAACUUGUACAUGGGGCUGAAAAAAAUGCUAUUUAUGCUAUUUAUCUUCUUGGUUGCCACCAGUUUUCUUACUAAUUCUAAAAACAUACACACUGAAUGUAUGGACAGAGACGUAAAUGACUUUGGAGCGUUUAUAUAAUCUGUCAUGCGCAUGGGAAGGAAAUUGCAGUUAAAGACCAAUGUCUAAAAGAGGAAAAGACCAAAACAAAGUGGAUUUAAGGGUGAGAGUAUCUUAAUAAUGUGAUGGACUCUACACCAGAAGACACUGGGGGACGUUGCUUUGGAGCGACAAGAGAAACUGGCGUGAUGUGCUUUUGGAGAUCGAAUCACAGCCUCUCGACUGUCCAAUGCCUUAACCCCAACCAACCAACAGACCACCACAUCUCAUCACCACUUGGAGAAACAAGCUGGCAGCAUGAUGGUUGCGAGAUUUGCAAUUUUUGGGGUCGCUUGUAUGAUAAAGCCCAAAGUUGCGGACGGUUUCCCAGCUAGAGCAGUUAAUGACUUCCCUUGUUAACACUGAGGAUGUAUUCCCGAGAGAGAGUGAUGCCAAAUGGAAGAUUUGGCGUAAUAAUCUGUGUUAAGACGCACCCCCACCCCCCGCGUGUCCAGUCUGAAGACCCCUGAGCUGCAAAGUGAUGAUUUUAAGUUUGGACGACUCUGCUGAACCCAUCGGUCCCUCUUCACCUCGACGCGGCGUGAGAAAACAUGAUCGAGGGUGGAUAAGUGAACGUGUCCAUACCAUUUUUAUUUUAGUGUCAUGGAGGACUGCCUUGAAACAAAAUCCUCGAUGUGUCACCUUGCCUAUCCUCCGAACAGAGAGUGAAUUACCGUACAUAGGUGUUUUAUUUUUUUAUUUUAUAUCUUGCUAAUGUGAAUUUUUUUUUGUUUUGAAUGCAAUUAUUUUCCAUUCCAAAUAGCCAUGGUUUUAUGGGGAAAGAGAGGGUAACAAAAAAAAAGCUUGAGACCAUGACUGCACUACAUUUGUUGACCCCGGCUUUCCCUGACGAGACCCUGCCUUCUUAAAACUGUACUUUAAACGUGCUUAUUUACUUUAAUUGUAGCUGCCUCAUGUGCAAGGCCUUUUCCUAAAGGGUGCAGGGAAUACACUUUAAAUUGACUUUUAUCCCCGCCCACUCCUUUUAUUUGUGCCAUGACACCCUCCUCAUCACCCCUUCCUCUCUGCGCGCACACACACAAUAACACACAUACACACACGCACGCACGCACGCACGCACGCAAGUCCUAGAUGAGUAACUUCUCAGCAGAGUAUGGAGAUAGAUUUGUCUCUUAUUUGUGUGAACAGAUUGACAAUCUAUGUGUUAAUGUGUGAUCUCAAAGUAUAAAACAACUUCCACAAACACUAAAAAAUAUUUGAAAUCUCACAGAACUAUUUAACAAAUAUAAAACGGAUCUGCAAAUACAGAAACAAAUGCCACAAAUUAAAAAAAAAAAAAAAAAAAAAACUUGGUGUGCGAGAAAUGCAAAUCCACAAGUGUAGAAGAUUCACAAAUACAACGACAAUCGGUCACAAAGCUGUAAAUGUUAGGAAGGCAUUCGCAAAUGUUUUUAAUUUAUUUGUAAAGUCAUUAAAUGUAUUCACAGAUAUUUUUGAAUUUGUGGAAUUUGUUUCUGUAUUUGCAGAUCUGUUAAAUAUUUGCAAAACAGAAACAUCAAUUUUAACACACCGCUUUGGAGAUAGAAUUGUCUCAGUAUUAUCUGUAUGAACAGAUCGACUAUCCGUCUGUUAAUGUUUAUUCUGUAAAUAUAAAACAACAUCCGCAAAUACAAAAAAGAUUUGUAAACUCAAAAAACUGUUUUGCAGAUGUUAAAUUGAUCUGCAAAUACAGAAAUAAUACCCGGGUGGCAGUCUUGAAAAUUCUGCUGCAGCAGAAGGAAAUGUUUGGUUUGCAUUAGCAGUAACUUCAUACAGCAUUUUUUUCUGCAAACGUUGUUGCCGACACCCAGUUAAUACAUCUGAGAAUAUAUAAAUAAUGCAGUACUUUAAUCAGUGGGCCAGAGGCUCAAUCGCCUUUGUGUUUCGUAAUUUGUGGACAGAUAGUGACUUAAAGACAUUCUUUUUAAUGAAAAUGUUUAAGAUUAUUACUUUAAUGUGUAAUGUUGAAUUAUAAAACAUCUUCCACAAAUACAAAAAAAGAUUUGUAAAAUCAAAAAAACUGCUUUGCAAGUAUCAAAUGGAACCACAAAUUUCACAAAUUAAAUAAGCCCAAAAAACAACACUAUAAAAAGUGUAAAAUUGAGUUUCACAGAUGAAAACAACAUCUGAAUCUUUUCCAAAGUUCUGUAUGUUAGAAAGAUAUUCACACUUAUAUAUAUGUUUGCAAAUUGAUCAAAUGUAUUCACAGAUUUUUUUUUAUUAUUUGUAAAAUUUGUUUCAGAUCUGUUUUAUAUUUUCAAAACAGUAUUUUGAGACUUUUUUUUGUAUUUAUGGAGGCUGUUUUAUAUUCGAGAUUACACAUUGUCUCAUGGAUUGUGGAUCUGUUCACAAAUAUAAUCGAGACAAAUCUGUCUCCAUCGCGGAGUGUUAGAUUUGACGUUUUGUGGACCUGCUCCGUCAUGUUUUAGAAAUGUUGUAGAUGUUGCAAACUAUCUCAAUGAAUCAGUAUGUAAACCUGCUUGUUGCGUGUAUUUACACUGUAUAGCUUUUCGGUUUAUUCUCACCCCCUGACAUGUCCGAGGUCUUAAUUAUCGUGUUAUUGAAAGUACUUGAAUAUGAAAAAUCUAUGGGACCUUUUUUUUGUUUUUAUUUUCUUGGUCAUUAUCAUAGUAAUUCCGCGCAUAGGAUUUGAGGGGAAUGGUGGGAAACCAGGCUAUUUGAAUGACAGGUAUUCAUUUCUUUGAGAUGUCUUAGUGCCUCUUGAGUGUGUUGGACAGGUGUCGGCUCACCUGCGGAGUCAUGUGCCCGCUAAAUGACCCCAUGAGGGUUGGGAUCAUGUUUUUAUCUGGUUGCAGUAAGAUGUUGGUUUGGAUGUUAAAGGGAUAAUUUGGAUUUUUUUAAGUGGGGUUGUGUGAAGUACUUAUGCAUAAUCAGUGUAUUACAUACAGUAGAUGUCGGUCAGUUACGCCCCCAGCUGGAGUCUAACAUGGGCGCUAAGAAAUCUGCUGCUGUGUCUGGGGUAGCAACAAAACAUAUUUUAACCACAUAAAAACAGUCCCACCUAAAAAUAACAAUAUCAGCUUCGGUGUACAAUAUAUUUAGAAUAUUUUCAGUACUUAGCCUUAAUGGCAGACAGUGAUUUGCAACAGGAAAAUGAAGCCAUUAUAUCGCUCUCGUCAAAGUAAUUUAACAUCACUGAAAACAGGAGCUGUUGGUUUACUGCCUCAAACUGUUAGUUUGUGUGACCAGUAACCAGGGUUCCCACAUUCAUGGAAAAUACUGAAAAUUCAUAGAUUACAAUAACAUUUAACGGCCCUGGAAAAGUCUGGGAAUUUUAUUGUGUGUCAUGAAAUAGUUACUGUAAUCUGACUUAUUUUCUGUAGCUGUUAGCGUAAUAUUGCACUGAUAUGCGUAUGUAAAUGUGGGACAAUUUAACAACCAUUAUACAUUCUCCCCAUAUUUCCGAUCUCCUUUUAGGUUUGCCAACUUGCUGCAAUCAUGUUUGAAUAGAUUUCGAAUUUGUCAUGUUUAAAAACUAUCAGGUUAAAUCUGGCAGUUUUUUCAUAACGUGUCCUUGAAAAGUCAUUGACAAGUUGUAAAAUGUUGUCCCUGAUAAUGUGUGGGAGCCUGAUUAACACUAACUAACUCACUGAUGGACGCAGAGGCUGAUCAGCAGCUCCUGUGUUUAACGAGCUCAAAUGAGUGUUUUUCUCAGCGGAGUCUGGUGGCUUUUAAGAGAGCACAGAUGAAGCUGUUUCCCUGUGCUACCUGUGAUACUGUGAUACUCUCAAAAUAGCAUACACCUGAACUUAAAAUACUAAAACACGUUUUGUUUCAGACACGAUCUGCAGCAGUAGAUUGCUUAGCGUCCGUGUCAGACUCCAGCCUGCUUCUCCAAACUGGGAACCUGCAAUCUGACGCCUACUGAAUGUAAAACACUGACUACGGACAAGUACUUCAUACAAACCCACUUCAAAAAAAUCCAAACUCUCCCUUUAAAGCUGUCACAUUUUGUGAAAAAUCACCGUACUGUACUUUGUGGUCGGUGAAAUCCUUCAUUUGCUUCAUUUGCUCAGACACCAAACCUGUGACAUCCGCUGCCUGUGAUUCCCCCUCCAGCGGCUCAGACUGUUUUCGUUCCAGCUACCUGAAAAGUAAAGUUGAAAGUAUUUCUGUGUCGUGAGAUGGAUAUCCAGACUAUAUAGCCUUCAACGUUCCCCUCCUUAAUUCCCCGAGUGCCAUUCCUGAGACUACUACUAUAUAGCCCAUGCCUUUUACCUGUGCCAGGAAAAAAUGAAUGUUUUUUGACCAUUCCACCUUGUGUCCUUGACGUGUCCGCUGUCAUUUUCGAGAAAUUCAGUACCAGGAAGUGUUGUUGUUAAAGAGAGUCGGGGGAAAAAAAAGUGUUUUAUGCUUCUGUUGGUUUCUUUCUCUUACAUUGAAACCAUUUUAUCGACCUUUAUCACAGAUCAUCUUUGCCACAUCUGCUUCUUAAACUGUGGGUCGCCUCGCUCGUAAGCUCCCGGCUGUAACAGUAGAUAUAGAAUUAUUACUCUGAUGUAUUUACGUUUUUUUACUCUCUGGGCCUCGUACAGAGCGAUAUUAGGAGUACUCUGUAUGGUUCGUAUGUGCAUGGCUUAUCUGGAGACGACAGCGAGCGGCCUCUCUCUCUCUCCAGCGGAUUUCCUCACCUGUAGAGCUCGCGUACUGUCGGCUCAGUGAGACGUUACGACUUCCAGUCCUCAUGUAAGAUAAAUAACUUCAUGUCCUCUCACAGCACAUCCCAUCUCAGUUCCCAUUAUUUCCGAUGAUACUUCACUUCGGUCAGACUCGUGUUUAUGGCUUCGGUUGUGUGUGAAUCACAUUCCUGUGUGUCAAAGCUGUGUAAUCAAAGCAAAGGACAGUUCAAGUGUGAAUGAACGGCUUUAGGUCUUUAUGGGUUCUCUGGCACUUUUUUCCUUGUUGCUGUACUGUAGAAUUGUCUUGGAUUUACUGUAUAUUUUUCUUUGAGGGAGAGGUUUAGGGUGACAUUUACUGCAAUAUUGUGAUGAUUAUUUGAAAAUUGUAAAUUGUACAGAGUUCACAAUUAUACUCUUUGUUCUUUCUGUUGGGAUUCCAUAUAAAAUAUGUAUUAUUUGAUUUUUUUUUUGUUUCCUCUCAGACUGUGGAAAAUCAAAUUGUACAGCUCCAAGAGUUUAUCCUCCCCUCAGCAUUAUUUUUUUUUUUUGAUUUUGUUUUAUUUCUCAGAGCUAUGAUUAAGAGAAAUCUUAAAACUGUAAAUAAAUAUUAUUGUGUUGAAAUAUGAAUGUCACUUCAAAAAUGUAUUUGAAUGAGUUAGUCAAGGGCUUCAAGAAUGAAGGACCCACAUUUCUUCUUUUUAUGGUUUCAUAUUUUUAAUUUACAGAAAGGUAAAGGUCCUUUUUAUCUGAGAUGCCUCUGUUUUUUUCUCCUCCUUGGAUUCAUAUAAUACAAUGUGUCACACACGAACCUUAUGAAAUCACUUUUUAUUCCCUCCACACUUAAAGGGAAACUCCAGUUUGCACCCUUUUUUAUGUAAAAUAAAAGAUCUCUCCACCUUG